AUGUAAACAAGCAUUUUGUAUAACUGAUAAGAAUUUUUACAAAGUGAUAAAAAUUGAUUGCAUGUUUUCUCUUCUUCUAAUUAAAUUUUGUUUUUCAAAGAAUUUGUGCUUUAAUACAAAUUAUUAAUUAAAAAUAUGAAUGAAGAGUAUAGUUCUUAAACAUGGAGGAUGAUAAACUAGCAAAAUAUCUCGAAGAAGUACGUCGAAAAGCUUUAAAAAAGGUGAACAUUCCAUCCAAUGUACGAGUAUUCCAUGAUCUGACGAGCAUAAACGAUGAGAAUACAUGUCAACAUGGCAAGAAAAAUGAUUCGAAUAACAGUGAAAAGAAGUAGAGAAAUUAUGGUCAAAUAUGCAAGUGUUAAUACCGUAGAAAGAAGCAAUAUUAGUAAUGGAAAGAAUGGCUGUUUUCAGAUGAGAGAGACGAAUAGAACCAUUGGCUAUGAAGAACGAAGAUUAUUUUGCGAAUGACUGCAGAAGUGCAGAAAAAGGCUCCUGAUGUGAAAAAUAACACCAUGAAAUAUUUUAGCCCACGAUGAUGUGAAAAAUAAUUUUUAAAAACAUAUUUUUUAAUUUAAAAUCAACUAAUUCUCAACAAGUAUUGGUAAAUUUGCUCCAUAAUGUUCAGAAUUUUAUUGAAGUACUUGUAAAAUGACCAUUAAAGAAUUGGUAAAAAAUGAUUUUCAUUAGUUAACAUUAAUACGACUAAUGUGAGUAAUUCAUUGUGAGAAGAUUUUGUAUUUUAAUUUAAAUUCCAACGCAACUUUCAUACACCAUUUUGACUCCAUGGAAACAUACCUACUUCGUUGAUUUAUUCGUAUGUGUCAAAUAACUCUCAGAAAUUAAGCUAUUAUUUCAUAUUUUUAAAAAUGAUUUAUUUUGUUUCAAAUAGGUAUCUUUAAUUCAGUCAGCCCAUUGCUAGCAAAAAAUAUGUAAAUGUAUUAUUAAAUAAUUACCAAGUUACUAAAAUUAACCUCAAGUGUAAGGACAUUAUCGCUACAUAGGCUAUCUAUAUGCAUUUUUUUUUGCCUGUCCAUUUCUAUGCAAAAUAGCAAAAAGUAAUGACUCCAAAGUGAACUGCAUACAAAGACAUGAUACAAAAGUAGAUAGAUUGGCCAAAUGCAGGUUACGCAAACAAUAUUGUACGAGUUUUUCAUUGAUUGACACGAAGUUAGAAUGUGGAGAUAACAUUACAUAUUUUUGUUAUAAAGUGCUUCUUCGGUGAUUUUUUUUUAUAUUUUCUCUGAUUAUGCAAGUACUUUUAUCUGCACGAAGUAGGCUGUAGGCUACGUUUUAAUUUGAAAUUUUUUCGUAAAUUGAUUCAAAGGCGCCGUUAUUGUCGCAAGGUAAUCGAUGAAACUAAAUUACAAACUAAUUAAUUGAACAUAUCGAUAGGUAUAACGCUUUUUUAUCUUUUUAAUUCCUCCGUACGCGGCCGAUACCUUCGUGCGAUUUUGAUUCGAUGUUAUUGUUAUUGUAUCCGUUUGCCGAAUAAGAUGGCAGUUUUUACGAAUUUUCUUAGCUUUAAAAAAAUUUUCAAACUUGAAAAAAUAUUCAUUAAUCAUUCGAAAAGUUUAUAUACCAACACAGCUCCUUUAAUCAUUACUUCGAGUCGAGCAGAAAGGAUUUUCGAAGAUCAUCUGGAAAAAAUGUGCGAAUGUAAUGACGAUGCGUCAAAAUUUAAAUUUGGUUACAAUGUCGUCAAAGAGAUUUUUUGCGAUAAGGAAAUCUGCAUCAACUCUUUAAUAAGUGAAAGAAACAGAGAACUAAUUGAAUAUAAUCUCGAUGGUGGCAGAUAUAAAAGAGUAAAGGUUUUUCUCAACACGUACGAAAAUUUGGUACCGAAGACAAAAUUCUUGGAAAGGCCGCGUUUGCAAGCUUAUGUAAUGGCUUGUCUUAAUCAGUUGUUGCUAACUUCCUUAAUGAUGAUAGAUGAUGCUAUAGAUGAUUCGAAAAUGAGAAGGAAUAAGCCAACUUGGCAUAAUAAAGUUGGCAGACUUAUUUGCAACGAUCCAUUUCUAUUAGGUACCGGAGUUUAUACCGUGAUGAGAAACUUAUUCGAAAAAGAACCCUUUUACUUACCCUGUUUGAAUGUUUUCUACGAGAUAUUUUGGUGGGGAGGAUGUUCAGUGUGGUUAGAUUAUUGUUCUUUAGAUGUAUUAGGUAGGAAUGCGAAAUUUUGCAAUUGGGAUGUGCAUAGGACUAUUAAUACUACCGAAAUUGGAUCCACCUCGUUUCAAGCUCCGUUAUUCUCAGCUUUACAUAUGGCAGAAUAUAAUUUUGAUAGUAUAAGAAACGAAUUAAUUGAAAUAUGCGCCUUACUUGGUUUCAUCGUAAAGGAUCAGAACGAUUAUUGCGAUAGGUAUUCGAAAACUCAGGGCAAAACGCCAGAUGAAGAUAUCAGAUUAGGUAAACUAACAUGGUUCAUAUUAACUGCCCUAGAACAAAGCGAUGCAGAGCAAAAAAAGAUACUACAGGAAUGUUAUGGAAAAGAUAAUCCUGAAUGUAUGAAUGCUGUAAUCAACGUUUAUGAUCAGCUUCAUCUUGAAGAAAAAUUUUUCCAACACGAGGAGCAAUUAAUCAAUUAUAUCGUCAAACGAGUUGAAAAAAUAUCAGAUGAAAAAAUGCGCAGAGUUUUAUUAGACUGCUUGCAUACCGCAGAAAAUUGGUAUAAGGAUUAAGAGCGCUUGUAGUUUUAUUAUAAUUGAGUGAAAUUUCGUAAAAAUGAAUGGGUAGGUUAGGUAUAUCCCUAUAUAUGUAUGCCUAGGCUUGGUAAUCAAUGUAAUGUGUUUUAAUUUUUUAUUGAAUACCCAGCUUUAUUUUAUUUUUUUUAUCGUAUGUAUUUGUAUUAUUAAGUGUAUAAUUAAAAUGUGCUUGGCACAACUCAAAUUCAGGUUUUCCAUAUGGGCUGUUCAGCUGCAUUUUUUUUUUUUUUUUUUUUUUUUUUUUGAUGUAAGUAUUGUUUAAUUAAUAAUUAAACUCGCUUUUGAUAACGUGAUAAGCUAUGAAAAUCAUAAGCUAUCUACCUAUGUGUGUUUUUAUUGGGUCAAU